GCUAUGGCUACAGUGAUCCUGGAGAGCAUCUUUUUGAAGCGAUCCCAGCAGAAAAAGAAAACAUCACCUUUAAACUUCAAGAAGCGCCUCUUUCUCUUGACUGUGCAGAAACUUUCCUACUAUGAGUAUGAUUUUGAACGUGGGAGAAGAGGCAGUAAGAAGGGUUCAAUAGAUGUUGAGAAGAUCACCUGCGUUGAAACAGUGGUUCCUGAAAAAAAUCCUCCCCCUGAAAGACAGAUUCCGAGAAGGGGUGAAGAGUCCAGUGAAAUGGAACAGAUUUCAAUCAUUGAAAGGUUCCCUUACCCUUUCCAGGUUGUAUAUGAUGAAGGGCCUCUCUAUGUCUUCUCCCCAACUGAGGACCUGAGGAAGCGUUGGAUUCACCAGCUAAAAAAUGUGAUCCGGUACAACAGUGAUCUGGUACAGAAAUACCACCCUUGCUUCUGGAUUGAUGGGCAGUAUCUUUGCUGCUCGCAGACGGCCAAAAAUGCCAUGGGCUGCCAAAUUUUGGAGAACAGGAAUGGAAGCUUAAAACCUGGGAGCUCCCACCGGAAGACGAAAAAGCCUCUUCCUCCCACUCCUGAGGAGGACCAGAUCUUGAAAAAGCCACUACCCCCUGAGCCAACAGCAACCCCUGUCUCCACAAGUGAGCUGAAAAAGGUGGUAGCCCUUUAUGAUUAUAUGCCAAUGAAUGCAAAUGACCUACAGUUGCGAAAGGGUGAAGAGUAUUUUAUCCUGGAGGAAAGCAACUUACCGUGGUGGAGAGCUCGGAAUAAAAAUGGGGAGGAAGGCUACAUCCCUAGUAACUAUGUCACGGAGGCAGAAGACUCCAUAGAAAUGUAUGAGUGGUAUUCUAAACACAUGACUCGGAGUCAAGCUGAGCACCUGCUAAAGCAAGAGGGGAAAGAAGGAGGUUUCAUUGUUAGAGACUCCAGCAAAGCUGGAAAAUACACCGUGUCUGUGUUUGCCAAAUCGACAGGGGAUCCUCAAGGGGUGAUACGCCAUUAUGUUGUGUGUUCCACACCUCAGAGCCAGUAUUACCUGGCUGAGAAGCACCUUUUCAGCACCAUCCCUGAACUCAUCAACUACCAUCAGCAUAAUUCUGCAGGUGAGUCAUGGGUUAGAAAACAUCAGAGGCCAGUUUCUAAGUCCUUCAAAAAUUCUAAAAACUGGAAGACUGGUUUUGUUGUUAUAGGAUCAUGGGAAAUAGAUCCAAAGGACUUGACAUUCUUGAAGGAGCUGGGGACUGGACAGUUUGGGGUAGUGAAGUAUGGGAAAUGGAGAGGCCAGUAUGAUGUGGCCAUCAAGAUGAUCAAAGAAGGCUCCAUGUCCGAGGAUGAGUUCAUUGAAGAAGCCAAAGUCAUGAUGAAUCUUUCCCAUGAGAAGCUCGUGCAGUUGUAUGGCGUCUGCACCAAACAGCGCCCCAUCUUCAUCAUCACUGAGUACAUGGCCAAUGGCUGCCUCCUGAACUACCUGAGGGAGAUGCGCCACCGCUUCCAGACUCAGCAGCUGCUGGAGAUGUGCAAGGAUGUCUGUGAAGCCAUGGAAUACCUGGAGUCAAAGCAGUUCCUUCACCGAGACCUGGCUGCUCGAAACUGUUUGGUAAAUGACCAAGGCGUUGUUAAAGUAUCUGACUUUGGCCUCUCCAGGUAUGUCCUGGAUGAUGAAUAUACAAGCUCAGUAGGUUCCAAAUUUCCAGUCCGGUGGUCUCCACCAGAAGUCCUUAUGUAUAGCAAGUUCAGCAGCAAAUCUGACAUUUGGGCUUUUGGGGUUUUGAUGUGGGAAAUCUACUCUCUAGGAAAGAUGCCAUAUGAAAGAUUUACUAACAGCGAGACUGCUGAACACAUUGCCCAAGGCCUACGUCUCUACAGGCCACAUCUGGCUUCAGAGAGGGUAUACACCAUCAUGUACAGCUGCUGGCAUGAGAAAGCAGAUGAACGUCCCACUUUCAAAAUUCUUCUGAGCAACAUUCUAGAUGUCAUGGAUGAAGAAUCCUGAGCUGGCCAAUAAGC